CAUUUCAGAGUGGAAGCCAUGUUGAUAUUUUCUUUCUUUUUUCGUCAUACCGACUCACAUGUAUUUGAGAACGAAAAACGCUAUUGAGACUUGCUAGGAACCUACUACAAGAAAUAUGGUGGUUAGAAAAGCAUUUUAGUUUGGACAGUGGUCUUUUGUUCUUACAGCUUUUUGAUGGGCGCAUAAGUGGAUGUGAUCAUAAAAUUAAAUUGACAAAAUCUCGUGGAAAUGACUUCAAUGCAUUUUGUGGUUCAUCCAGUACCUGGAACAGAGGAUCAAUUGAUAGAUAGACUUCGAGAAGUAUCAGACCGUUGGAACCGUUAUGGCACUGGAGCUGCACCAUCUGCACUUUCUUCCUUGCGGGGAGUAAAGGCAGUUGCCGCAGGGCCAGCCCAUAUAGCUUGUUUACUUGAAGAUGGCACUAUUUGUCGGGCUGCAUUCUCUAUCAUACCCGAUAGAUUGGACUUGAGUAAAGCCGAUGCUAGUAAAAAUGGGGGGAAUGGCGGCGGCGGCAGUGGCGGUGGAGGGACAGGUGGGGGCAAGCAAGGGGGAAGUGGUGGUGGAUGUGGAUCAAGGCAACAGCCUCGUACCCGAGCCAGGAUUAUGAGGAAUUCUAUUCGUGCUGCUCCUAGCUCACAAGGAUCUACUAGUAGGGCUACAGGUGUGAUAAUCGGGGCAUCAGGUUCUAGUCGUGUAGUGUCUGCAGUGCCAGCUCCUUUUGUCCCUGAAGAUCUUGUGACACAAGCCCAAGUGGUCUUACAGGGCAAAAGCAGAAGCCUCAUAAUACGGGAGUUACAGCGUACUAACUUGGACGUGAACCAGGCCGUAAACAAUCUACUGUCUCGUGACGACGAGGAGGGUGAGGAGCCAGAGGGCGGCGAGGGUGCUGACGGCUAUGUUCCCGAGGACCUCAUCUCUCUUCUGGAUGGAGGUUUUCACGCCACUCAACAGGACCAGUCGGUGAUCAUUGACGCGGACGCCAUGUUUUCGGAGGACAUCUUCGGGUACGCGGCUGUCAGAAGCCGCAGUGGAGGCGGCAGCGGUAGCGGCGGCGGGCGCGCGGGCGCCAGCCGCGAGAGCAGCAGCUCCACUCAGGAGCGGCCGUCGGAGUUUAGCCGCUGGCGUGAGCGUCAGUACUUCGGCCCCAGGCGCUGGCUCGAGUCUGCGCUUCGUGACACUUCCUGGGAUAAAGAAGGAGUUGAGAACAAGAAAAAAGAUUCGGCUAUGACAGCGUCCCCUCUCUGGGUGUCUGAGGAGCUAGAGUAUUGGGACAGCAGCAUUCGGUUCACGCACAUCGCGGCUACCUACAGCGAGCUGAUCGCCAUAUCGACUCACGGCCAACUGCACCAGUGGCGCUGGGCUGAUGCACACCCGUACCAGCGUAGUGAUGCUUCUGGCGUGAUUUAUCAUCCCCGCGGCAACUGGCUGGGAAUCGCGUCCGGUGAACGAAUCGUCAACAUUAGCGCUGCCGGAAUACGCGUUUCUGUCCUCACUGACGCGGGCCGUAUCUCAACGUUCUUGGAUGAAUCAAUCGCCCACGCCCCUGGUGCCGCGCGCUUAGAACAUCCUCUGCAGACAUUUACUGAGUUUGGCUCUGAGAAACCGUUAUCUCUGCACGUUUGCUCACUGUACACUGUUGCAAAACUGGAAUCUGGGACACUUUAUUGGUGGGGUGUCCUACCACUCGGACAAAGAGCUCGACUUUGGGAGAAACAUAGGGCCCGCUCUCGCAAGCAACAACGUGGACAUUCAUCUAACACCCCUCAAGACUUGCAAGCUGGCCAGAGUGUUACUAUGAAAAAUGCACCUAUGUAUCAACCAGGAGCUGUUGGGUUCAACAUGUCCACUGGAGUGCCAAAGGUGGGCAUCCUGCAGAACGCAGCAUGGAACCUCUCGGAUACUUGCCGUUUCAAGCUCCUGCCGCCACCGCAGCCUGACCGCUCUAUCUCUGACAAAGACAAGAGAGAUCUACAGAAUCAAUCUCCGCUAACGGUGUCAUCAGUGAAAGCUUCUUCAUCAAGCAGUAGUAACAGCAAGGACGGAGGCAAAGACAGCAACAAGGACAUGGCCGACCGCUUAGACAUGCCUCCGCCUCCCAGCCCCGCCUCCUCUACCUGCAGUGAUACCAGCACUUCACACAAGCGAGCUAAACGAGUAACUGUACGAGGCGAGGAAGGUUCGUCCAAUGACGGCUCAUCGAAACGUGACGAAGAGGAGUGGCCACUGAAGGAAGUUGUUUUCCUGGAGGAUGUCAAAAGUGUGCCACUGGGCAGAGUGUUAAAAGUCGACGGGGCCUACGCAGCCGUUCGAUUCCCGUCCGUGGGAAAGGACGGUAAAGAAAUCGUGCCAUCUACUCCCGAAGAUUGGACGGCGUUGCUACAAGAUUGUCGUUUAGUUCGGAAGGAUGACUUGGUGGCUGUAAAGUGGGGCGCUGGAGGUACGGCCGGACCACGCGGCCCGGAUUGCUUGCAGCGAGCGCCUAGAAAGAUUUCGUUGCCACCGGACCUGAAUGUGAUUACUAUUGCUGUGGAUAACCGCGGCGUACACGCCGUGGUGCGUCGUCCGGGUGGCGCUUUAGCCUACGCCGUGUACGCGGUGGGCACCACGCGCGCGCUCACCGACAGCACCUUCCCGACAGACCACAGCGCGCUGUUGGGCUGUUCCAACGGCCAGGCUAUACAACUCACUACUGCAGCCGAGGGAAGUGAGCCAGUCGUGAUGAUGCUAGACGGUAACGGCGCUAUAUACCCCGUGGCGCGCGACUGCGUGGGCGCGGUGCGGGAGCCGCCCCCGCUCAACCUGCCGCCCGCCAGAGCGCUGGCCGCGCACGCGCUGCCGCUGCAGCCGCACCAUCAGCACCAUCCGCAUCACCCUGCUUUGAAGUCGCAGGUAGCCCUCAUAAUUAUGGUUCCCGAGCCGCAACUGAUGAUGCCGCGCGUUCUGCGCUGCGACCUGGAAGGCGUCCGGCAACUGUUGCAUCAGCUUGAAUCUGACGCCAAUAAACAACAAAUUCUUGCAAUUUUACAAGAGCGUUGCGAUGGCAACAGGAACAUACUACACGCUUGCGUGCAUAUGUGCGCUCCAACGUCCAACAAGGAACCUGAUAUUGCAGUGGAAAAUGCAACUUUACCCAACAUACCAAGUGGAACCAGCGGCGGAGGUGCUAGCGCAGAGGAAGCCAUGCCAGCCCUUACCUGGCCUCCCGAGACGUUUGAAGCUUCUGGAGACGAGGACAGCUUGAUGGGACUCACUAAUAAUGGAAAAAUCACCAGCAGUGGCACCAAUGGAGGUAGUGCAGUGAGCGCCGACCCGGCUGAGCGGCGCGGGAACGCCUUGGCUGCUCUGCGCGCUUUGUGCGAGAGUGCGGCCUUACAACCCUACCUCAUGCAGCUACUUACCGCUAAGGAUGGCAUGGGCCAGACACCAUUAAUGGCCGCGGUGGCGGAGCGAGCGUAUCGCGCGGCGCUCGUCAUACUAGACGCGAUCCGUGCGUGCCCGGAUGCCGAUGAGGCUCAACGUUCGGCGGCCAUCUUUCCCCCCAACGCUCACCCCGACCAUUCGCCGCUCCUGGUUCUGUGUUGCAACGACACUUGUAGCUUUACUUGGACCGGACAAGAUCAUAUUAAUCAGGACAUUUUCGAGUGCAAGACUUGUGGACUCACUGGGUCUCUGUGCUGCUGCACGGAAUGCGCAAAGGUGUGUCAUAAAGGACACGAUUGCAAGUUAAAGCGCACGUCGCCCACGGCGUAUUGUGACUGCUGGGAGAAGUGUCGCUGCAAGGCAUUGGUCGGAGGCAACUGGGCCGCGCGCUGCGACCUGCUCGGACGACUCGCCCGGGACACGCAGCUCGCUACUCACUUUAACUCAAGGGGUGAAUCCAUCCUGCUGUUCCUCGUACAAACGGUGGGGAGGCAGGCCGUGGAGCAGAGGCAGUUCCGCGCCAGCAGCAGCCGCGGGCGCGGCGCGCGCAAGCAGCCCGGCUCCGACGCGGAGGUCGAUGUGCCCGACCAUGACUUGGAGCCGCCGCGGUUCGCCAGACGCGCUCUCUUGCAUUUGUUGGCUGACUGGCCCGCAGUAGAAGCUGCAAUAAUGUGUGGUUCAAAUGGACAAACUGAGAACGAAACUCGACCAAACAGUCCAGCACCUCACCAGUCUGGGACUACACUGUUGGAUAAAUUCACUCACGCUCUUAUUGUCAAAUGUACCAAUGAGAUGCUAGAUUCACUAUUGAGUACGUUGAUUAAGGAACAACAGAAUGAUACAAUACCAGGGCGAGCCGAACGCGCCCGCGAAGUCACUCGACGAUUUGUGCGCUCUGUCGCUAGGAUAUUUGUAAUAUUUAGUGUUGAGAUGGCUCCCGGUGCUGCUAAGAAAAAGGGGCCAUUAUCAAUAACAGCAUCGCUGGUGCGUUGCCGACGUGUGUUCGCUGCACUUGUGGCUUUAGCAGUAGAAGAACUUGUAGAGGCGGCGGAUGCGUUACUGGCGCCCGUGCGUUUGGGCGUGGUUCGCCCCACGGCACCCUUCCCGCUCGCGACUACCUACGUGGACUUAGUCAACGGCAGUGAAGACUUGUUUGGUGUGGAACCUCUAUCUACUGGCCACUCACGUCUGACGCAUACACGAAGAGAGUCAAACGUCGCUGGAGCUCGGGCUGCAGCUAGCGGCACAUCAAUGGGAAGUUCCACACUCGUGCCCGACCGCUCGUCCACGCCUGUAGCCACGGAAUACCCUGACGACGUCGCGGGAGAAGCGCUCGGCGGCGACGAUGACGCCUCGGAAACUGACGAGCCCAAUAUACCCCCUCCUGUCCAACCGACUGAGUCGCAGCAUCACGAUGAUCCUAUGGGAGACAGCUAUUUGGAUUUUAACAGAGGUCAAGAACAGCAUGUGGUAGUGGAAAACGGAACAGAACGCGCUGAAGGCGGCGAAAGUGAAAGUGAACUAGAUUUGCUGGCUGAAGUAGAGACGGAGAGCGAUUCUGACGACCAGGACAACGCAGAGUCUGCGCAGCGCAGCGUGCAGACCGGAGCUACUCAAGGCUCUGAUGCUGGUAUAGCAUCUCUGCUGCUAUAUCCAGAAGACGAGAGUGGGGACUCCACUCAACCCGAGGAUGAAGACUCCGAAGCGGGAGAGACAGAUGAACAGGAUGCUGAAGCAGAACCGCCCUUUUCUGACGGAGGAGAACCGGUGGAACGACGUUCGGCGCCACCCUCGAGACCGAACCUUGCUCCGCAUUCUAUGCAAUGGGCUAUACGAUCCCGUGAGACUGCCCGUGGAACAAGCAGCGGCACGGGCGGCGUGAGGCUCACAGGCGGGUCCUCGCUAGUGUUCAUUGACCCCGCGUCCUUACGCCGCUCGACGACCGCGGCGGCGGCGGGCGCACACGACCCUAAUUCUACUUCCACGACUGCGUCUUUCCUCGCCCGGGCUUUCGGCAUUGUAAUACGCCAAAUCGCCGAUCUGCUAUGGGAAUACGAACGCGUGACGAUUCCUUUGCCACGCAUGUUGCCGCUGGCUUACCGUGAGGCAUUGCGCCUGCAGUGCUACCUCGAGAGGCAGCUCAAACAGACCUGGGACUGGCUAGUCACUGUCAUGGAUGCUACUGAGGCACAACUGCGAUUUGGCGCAUCAUUGACGUCUAACAACGCAAGCACUUCGAGCGGGGAAGCUCGUUCGUCAGCCCCUGCGGCUCGGCGCGCCUCUUCUUUAACUUUAACGACACCAGUUACUAGAAUUAUUGGAUUUACGGAAGGCCCGCGAGCUAGAGAUCGAGAACAAGGCGUAGAGUCAGGCAACGCACGGCGCGAAUUUCUCGCAUACUGCCUUUCUUUACUGCGAGCUCAUAGUGCGGAGCACGCAGAACAACUGCCCGUGCUGGAUGUUGCGGCGCUCAAGCACGUGGCCUACGUACUGGACGCACUGGUCUACUACAUGCGAGCCGCGCAGCCACAACCGCAUCAUCAUCAGCACCUGUGGACAGCGGAUGAGAAUGAGAACGAGGAAGGAGAAGAAGAAAUGGUAGUGGGCGGUGGAGCGGCCGCUGAGUCGGACGGCGAGGGAGAGAGCGCUCGCGGCCGCACGCACGCCUUCUUCCAACGAUCCGAUUCCACGUUGUGUUUGGGAUGCCCACCGCCGGAUCCGUUCAACAUGACGAUGCAAGACGCGCUACCGUUAGCAGACCAGCCGCAGCUAUUGCAACCCAACGCUCGCCGCGAGGAACUCUUCGGGAUGCCGCGACAACCCGUCACCGUCCCGGCCUCUGGAGAAGGACCACCCGGUGUCAAUAACCCACUAGAAGUGGUACCAAGAAGACUAGGCCUGUCAAGCCGCGGCGCUGAGCGCGGUUGGUCCCCGCCCGCGCGCCCGGCGUCGGCCCCGCCCACUCACAGUCACACCUUGACGAGAGACGAACCACAGGAUCUCUCCUGUGCUAAGGAUCCUGUUACAAAGAUGGACAUUGACACAGAUGAUGAAUAUGUAUCUGAUUCAGAUUCAAACGAAGCUAGACAGAUACAUAGGAAAAAGCAUCAUAGGCAUCCACAUGCCAGCACACUGAAUCACCACGAGCCGAGUACGUCCGCAUCAGAGUUCCACACCCUAGUCGACACCGCUUGUUCCAUCAUCGAGGCGCCACAUCAACAGACCGUGUCCCCUGUACCUGGUCCAAGCAGUUCAAUGUCGGCGCAAGAGCCGCGCGCGUCGUCGUCGCGCAGUCCGGGCAAGAGCGUUAUUGUACGUGCUGGUGAAUUGUUAAGUGCGGCUGACCCAUUAGAAUCGCAAGAAAUAUCUGCUCAUGUCACAGUAGAGACAACUGGAUUACCACUAGCCCCCGCACUGCCACCACAAGUACUUAAUGCGCCGGCUCAACCUAUUGCCUAUGUUAUAAACAGUCGUGCGUGUCCGUCGCUCGGCGCGUCCGUGUCGCACGACUUGCUACUGGGUCGAUGGCGGCUGUCUUUGGAUUUGUUCGGGCGAGUUUUCACCGAAGAUGUCGGGCUCGAACCUGGUUCCGUGGUCGCCGAGCUUGGGGGAUUUCCCGUCAAGGAGGUCAAGUUCCGACGAGACAUGGAAAAGUUGAGGAAUUCCCAGCAGAGGGACUUGACACUGCACAAGAUGGAGCGUGAUCGUGCCAAACUGCUCCAACAAACGUUCGCAGAGCUAAACAGCGCAUUCGCGGGACAGAACCGGCGCGCGCACAGCGCUCAGCCACCGCUCGCAGUCAACAGGGUGAAGGUGACCUUCCGUGACGAGCCCGGCGAGGGCAGCGGUGUCGCGCGCUCCUUCUACACCAGCGUCGCCGAGGCAUUGCUAGCAAACGAAAAGCUUCCACCGUUAGAAACUACGACAGGCAGUGGCAGCAACAACAGCACCACCAAUGGCACUUCGGGCUCGGCCGGUACCGCCGCCGGUGGAGCGAGUAACAAUAGUGGAACAAGGAGCGGAGCGGGCAGGGCUCGUGCGAAGGACAACGCGCGGCGUGCGCCCGGCCGCCCCGCGCCGCGCCCGCCCACCGUGCGUGAACCGCGCAGAGUGCUCAGUGUGGACGCCAGGCCAUACUCGCCGCAGGCUGCCCCUGGAACCGAAGGCGCGGGCUACAGUGGAGACAGGCCCGGAGGACACAAUGAGCAUCUCACCUUGCACCAAGCACAACUUGGUGAACGUUUGUAUCCUAAGGUACACUCCUUGCAUCCGACGUUCGCGGGCAAGAUUACGGGUAUGCUGCUGGAAUUGACGCCGGCGCAGCUGCUGGUACUGCUGGCCAGCGAGGACGCGCUGCGGCAGAAAGUCCGUGAGGCCAUGGAUCUCAUCGUCAUGCAUCCUUCAGAAGCUAUAUUAGAUCUGGACGUGUUCUCGCUGUCGGAGCGCGGCGCGGGCGGCGGCGCGAGCGCGGGCGGCACGGCGGGGGCGGGUGCGGCCGCUGCGCCCGACGACGCCGCGCCGCUGUUCUACUCGCCCGGCAAGCGUGGCUACUACUCGCCGCGCCAGGGCCGCGCCACGCCUGAGCGGAUCAACGCCUUCCGGAACGUCGGCAGAAUCAUCGGCCUUUGUCUACUGCAAAACGAACUAUGUCCUAUGUUCCUGAACCGACACGUGCUGAAGUAUAUCCUGGGGCGGCCGGUGCGGUUCCACGACCUGGCUUUCUUCGACCCCGUGGUGUACGAGAGCCUGCGACAGCUCGUAGUGGACGCCGAGACCGGAGAUUCACAUUCGCUUUUCGUCGCUCUUGAUCUCAACUUUAGUUUGGAAAUGUGCGAAGAGGAAGGUGGUGGGUGCGUGGAGUUGGUGCCGGGCGGACGUGAGAUGGAGGUGACAGCGCUCAACGUAUACGACUACGUGCGGAAGUACGCACAGCACCGCAUGCUGCUGUCUCAGGAGAAAGCAUUAGAGGCCAUGCGAGUGGGCGUCCUCGACGUUCUACCAGAAUCUGCUUUGGAAGGUUUAACGGCGGAAGACUUGCGGCUGCUACUAAACGGCGUAGGCGACAUCAACGUGGCCGCUUUAGUAUCGUACACAAGCUUCAACGACGAAAGCGGUGAACCUUCAGAGAGGCUGGCACGUUUCAAGCGGUGGCUUUGGGCUAUUGUAGAUAAAAUGACACAUUUAGAAAGACAAGACUUGGUGUAUUUCUGGACGGGGUCGCCGGCGCUGCCCGCGUCGGAGGAGGGCUUCCAGCCCAUGCCGUCGGUCACCAUCCGGCCCGCCGACGACGCGCACCUGCCCACCGCCAACACGUGCAUCUCUCGCCUCUACAUACCGCUGUACUCCUCGCGACACGUGCUCAAGCAUAAAUUAUUACUCGCAAUCAAAACUAAAAACUUUGGCUUUGUGUGAAAAUGCUCCUAGGCAGUGACUACGUAUUUCAUUAAAUUAGGUGUAAGUUCAGUCAUUUGAGACUGCCGUUAUAUUCUAUCCGUGUUAGUUUCACCGUUUUACGGUACCGUACGUCUGUAUUUAUAAAACGCCAUAAAAUAACCUAGGUCGAAAAAAUGUUAGCACUAGUUUCAUACUUAUGUAUGAAUUUGUAUUCCUAUGAUGAAUAUGACUGAAAACUCUAUCUAUAUUUAUUAUGUGACUGGGGUUAAUUUGACUGAAUAGUUAUAUUCAAUUGCAAUAACUAAAAUGUUUUGAAAGAUGGCCCCAUAAAUAUUGGAGAGCACAAGUACAUAGUAACAAUUUAAACUAGAUCUUAUAAAGAACUUAGGUUUAAUUUCGAAACAAGUGUAAAUUGUGGUCAUAUACUAAAAUAGUUAUUCAGUUGUAUAAUAGCGGCCGACGUACGCGUCCUUUACAACGACGUAUUCUGUCUGUUUCAUUGAUUACUUCUGAUUGCAUAUAUAUAAUGUACAUGGGGAAGAGCAGCGAUGUUUUAUAAACACUUUUGGUAAUAAAUAACUAAAACAUGUUACUUUCACUCUUUUUUUUUCUAAAAUGUUCUUUUAUAUAUUAGUAAUUAUACUUAUUUUUAUUUGGAGCCAGUCUAUAUAAUAAUUAUGUUAUAUCUGCAUUUGUUUUAUUUCAACUUUAUUUGUUUAGCCCAAUUAUUAAGAUCCAUCUAUAUGUUAAAAUGAUUAAUUACAAGCUUGUUAAAUAAAUAAAUAAUAUCAGAGUUUAAAUGGGGUAUAUUCUGCUAAAUUGAUGUUUGGAAAUACUGGGCAGUGGCGAUGGUUGCCAUUUGAAGUGGAUAUAUUGUGAUAAAGGAGGAAGUAUUAUGCGCCUCAAUCUCUAAAUUUUAAGGAUUCUAAUUGAUUAGAUUUUCCUUUGACUAGUUGUAUUUAUUAAGGUUCAUAAUAAAUAUUUCUCAAAACGCUUA